CAGACAGCUUAACAAUGCUUAUACGUUCAGCUUUGACACAGAUACGUUAGUUAACUUAAAUGUGCUGGUAUUUGAAAUUAUUAUGAUCGUUACACACCGCGGUGAAGCUAGCGUGAAGCAGCAAAUUAAAAGUCCUAUAAGAAAGCGGAGAAAACGGUAACGUAACUCUUACACAAUGUUAGGGUACUGAAAGACAGCCAGCCGUUAACGUUACGGCCAAAUCGAGGUUGUAAACCAGCUGUAAGCGCAGUCAAUUUGUCAGGAGCAGGCAGCAUGGCUGGAGGUUAAACGGUCAACAACACAAGCAGGUGCUUCCACUGGCGUCGUCUUCAUGUGUUCGGCUGGUCGGUGUUAACGAACAGUAAUCUGGCUAACGGAGAGUUGUUAACGUCAGCGUUUGAGGCCAUGGCGAAGUCAGUUGUCUGUUUUUGGCCACUGUGUUUUUAUAGCUGGCGCUAGCUCAGUCCUGCCGUUAACGGCGGCACUGGCUGGACCUUCGCGUUCGGUUGGACCACCGAGGACUGCGCGCGACCUUGGGGACGUUGUCAUGGAUUUGACGCGAUUGGCUGUGGAUGCUGGUCAGUUCAUCAACCGGGCUGUUCAGUACACGGGGGAGAGUCUUGGCCAGGCAGACAAGACAGAGUUGGACCCUGGGCUGGAGGACCUCCUGGCCCAGGCAGACGCCACCAAAACCUGGACAGACAGGAUAAUCUCUCAGACUGAGGUUUUAUUGCAGCCCAACCCCGGAGCACGGUUAGAGGACCGGCUGUAUGAGCAUCUGGAUUGGAGCGCCCCACCUCGACUUCGAGCACAUGAGGUACUGGGAGACCAAAUGAUCCAGGCAGGGCUGGAGAUGGGGUGCAACACACCCUAUGGAACGGCACUGCUCAGGUGUGGAGAGGCUCAGAAGCAGUUUGGCGAAACAGAGAGGAAGUUUGUCCAAAGCACCAACAUCCACUUUCUCACCCCUCUGAGGAGUUUCACUGAGGGGGAAUACAGAGCCAUACAGGAUGAGCGCAAGAUGUUGGUGAAUAAGCGUUUGGACUUGGACAUAGCUAAUACCAGACUGAGGAGAGCCCACGAGGCUGACCAAGAGGCCAGAAACCUGAAUGCAAACCCGCUGGACGUCGACUACUUGUCUCAUGUUUCCUACAUGUUCAGCUUCCUGCGUGUUAAAUGGCUAAAGAUGUGGGCUCAGGAAAUCUCUCAGGCGGAGAUGGAGCUGAGGAUUUGUCAGAGUCUGUUUGACCGACAGUCAGAAAUUACAAGACGAGUUGCAGAAGGAAUCAGCAACACUCACACCAACCACAUGCGGAGCCUGACUGACUUUGUUGAGACUCAGGCCUGUUACUUCGACCAGUGCAACCAACAUGCUCAGGAGCUUCAGAAACAGCUGGCCAGCAUUCCAACAGUCCUCUGCUCCAAUAACUGGCAGUCAGCAAUUAAUAAUGCAGUUCAUCAGCCAUCGACAAGCAACCUUAUAGGCAAUGAGCCCAUUGGCUCAAAUCGAGUCUCUCCAAUUCCCAUAUUUGUCCACCAACUUCCAGAAUUCGACCAGGACUUAUGGACUGCAAAUCCACCUCCCAGAACUGAGAAAACAACAGAUUCCUCUUUAUCCACGGCACCACAUAAUCAGACAAAUAACAACAAUAACACCUUCUUUACUGAUGUUCAGGCAACCAACCACCGUUCAGCGGUCAAUCAAGCAUUAAAUUCAGACAGUCACCUAACAGAUCAGAUCUCAGCACUCAGCAGAACAGCCAGCACACUAACCAACAGAGCAACAGCUGCAUUAACCAAUGAUGCACAUAGUCUGACAACAACAACAACAGCAGCAGCAGCUUCCCUGCCUUCUGAACUCAGUGGAACCUCAAACCAGUCUCAGACAGCAAAUUUAGUCGCUAGUGAGACCAUAACAACUGAUAACAUGGCUACUGAGACUGUGACCACCAAUGGCAUGGCUCCUGAGCCCCAAAUAACCAAUGGCAUGGCUCCUGAGCCCCAAACAACCAAUGAAACUGCAAGCGAGCUGCCCGCCAAUAAUAGAGAAGAUGUCCAGUAGUCAUAGACAACUAAUUUCUGGCAGCUGAUUUAGACCAGUGGUAAUUGGCAUUGUUGACCCGAGAAUAUACAGGCUAUUAGAAAGGAACAGAUACAAAAUCAUUUUAACAUGUAAUAUGUUUUAAAAAACCAUUAAUUAAUCCCAUAGGUAAGAUAAUGUGAAGUGGCUGCAAAAGUGCUUCUUUUUCUAAAUGUGAUAUAGUGCCACAACAAUUUUAUCCCUUAGCCAUAUUCAGAUAUUAUUCAUGUUGUAUGAAACCAAUGUCUGUUGACUGUCAGUCUUCUCUUGUGGCAAUGGAUGUAAUUAAUGUCUACUCUGUAAUAUUCCCUAGUCUCUGACUGGGAGAUGAGUUCUGACUGACUGUCAGUGUAUAUUUGUUGCGUGCGAUUGUGAAAAGUUCUUUUCAGAUUUGUGCCAAUUGUAUGUGUGUACAUGUGUUUGUUGAAAACAUCAAUUCAGGUGUGAGUGUCCAUAUCUGUUAGUGACCCAUGUCCACUUAUGUUUAGUUUCCCCCCAUCUUGUGACAUAUUAAAAGUGGGGUGUGUUCACAUGUAUGUGACUCUGCCGCCUCAUGACUCAUGUUAUCACAAGUUGAGGUCAUUUUCCAUAUGAAACAUGUUACUUAAGUGUGUUGGGAAGUCCAGAGAGGUGACAAAACACCAAGCUGAAUAGGACCUUUAUGCUGUAGCGUUGUGCAAAAUACGUUUCCUCAUACAUACUGUGGGCGUUUUCCCCUACACACAGUCAAAUCACAUUCACAUUUACCUCCUUAAAGCCCCCACUAGGUGAAAUGGGUAGAAGUUUCCAUGUCCAGAUACUACUACUACUACUACUCUACUGUGGUGUGGGUCCAAUCUGGGGACCCUGGAUGGAAACACACACAUUUAUAGCAAUGGCCCUACUGAUGUAAUCACCCACCAUCUCUGCUCUACGCUUGUGUCCCAAUACGUAAAGAUGUGUGUGUAUGGAUAGCUACAGUUUUCACAAUUGUAGUUGCUGCCAGUUUUAAACUGCGUGUAUGUGCAGUCAUAAUUCAGUCAGAUGUUGAACAUUGAGCUGAUGUCGGGCGUUUUCACAUGAUUCAUGUGAAGACGUGGAAAUAAAUAUGCAAACACUGAUGUCAUGUCAA